UUUGGUAAUAUAAUAGCCAAUGUAAUUUGACACUUCAACUUGCUCUGCUCUCUUCUAGUUGAUUCAGUUACAUACUCACCCACUAACGUUUAGGUCAUUUUCUCUCUGUGACGAAAAAAAAGAAGAUAUUUUAAAAGAUCGGAAAAUUAUUAGGAAUUUCUUUACCUGUGCCCGUCUCGGAUCUGUAAUAUAUAUUGACUUGGAAAAGCUUAAAAAGCGGGGCGUCAUCAACGGAACAUGUGAAGGGAGGGGGGGAGGGCACAGAAGAAUCCAAUCUUCUAAGGCAGACAGGCCAUGAAACAUAUUGGCAUUCAAUGAGGAUGCACAGGGGGGGUUGAGAAAAUACUUCACAGUGAAUUCCAGAAUACACUCAGAGUGGAGAACUUUAAUGGCUUUCAGGUAGAAUUCAAGGAGAGACAAUCAAAAUGAACACUAUACCGUCUAUGGACAGGCACAUACAGCAGACCAACGACCGGCUGCUGUGUAUAAAACAGCACUUACAAAAUCCAGCAAAUUUCCAGACGGCGGCCACGGAGCUCCUGGACUGGUGUGGUGAUCCACGGGCAUUCCAGCGACCUUUCGAGCAGAGUCUGAUGGGCUGUUUGACGGUUGUCAGCAGAGUAGCUGCACAGCAAGGCUAUGACUUGGAUCUUGGAUACAGACUUCUUGCUGUAUGUGCAGCAAACAGGGACAAAUUUACUCCAAAGUCAGCAGAGACCAACACCUGCAGGAGAUGUCAGAGUGAUACAGCCCUCCUGUCAUCGUGGUGCGAGGAAUUGGGGCGGCUAUUGCUUCUCCGUCACCAGAAGAACCGCCAGAGCGAACCUCCAGGGAAAAUACCCAUGCAGCCGCCCAUGAACUCCAUGAACUCCAUGAACUCCAUGAGCUCCAUGAGCUCCAUGAAGCCCACACUCUCGCACGGUGAUGGGUCCUUUCCCUAUGAUUCAGUUCCCUGGCAACAAAAUACUAAUCAACCCCCAGGUUCAUUGUCUGUGGUUACAACAGUUUGGGGUGUAACCAACACUUCCCAAAGCCAGGUGCUGGGAAAUCCAAUGGCAAAUGCUAACAACCCCAUGAACCCUGGUGGUAAUCCCUUGGGGUCUGGGAUAUCCGCCAACAAUCCUGGCAUGAACUCACCUCAGUUCCCUGGUCAGCAGCAACAGUUCUCAGCCAAGACUGGCUCCAAUCAACAAUACAUGCAGCAGGGCAUGUAUGGACGGCCUAGUUACCCAGGAGGGGGAGGCUUUGGAGGGAGUUAUCCAGGUGGUCCCAAUACUCCAGGCGGUAUGGGUAUUCCCCAACACACGCGGCCUUCUAAUGAUUUCACCCAGCCUGCUGCUGCCGCUGCCGCCGCUGCAGUUGCUGCUGCUGCUGCCACGGCAACUGCCACCGCCACUGCCACUGUGGCAGCACUCCAGGAAACACAGAACAAGGACAUGAACCAGUAUGGAUCGGUGUGUUCUUCUUUCCAGAUGGGACCUACCCAGACCUAUAACAACCAGUAUAUGAACCAGCCUGGUCCUCGUGGGCCACCUUCCAUGCCAGGCCAAAUGAACCCUGGUAGUAUGGGUGCGGGCAUGACUGCUUCCAACAUGAGCGGCCCACCCAUGGGCAUGAACCAGCCAAGGCCUCCGGGAAUGAACCCCUUCGGAAACCACAGCCAGAGAAUGCCUCAGCAGGCCUAUCCAGGUCCGAGACCCCAGUCAAUGCCUAUGCCAGGGAUGAAGAGGCCUUACCCAGGAGAGCCAAACUAUGGCAGUCAGCAGUAUGGACCAAACAGCCAGUUUCAAAACCAGCCUGGCCAAUAUCCAACUCCCAACCCUACAAGACCCUUGCCGUCCCCCAACUACCCCAGCCAGAGGAUGCCAGGCCAACAGAGUACAGGCCAGUACCCUCCACCCAGUGUCAGUAUGGGCCAGUACUACAAGCAAGAGCCAUUUAACGGUCAGAGCAACAAUUUUUCUGGGGGUGGAUACACAUACAGUCAAGGAAGUCUAAAUGGGCCUCCAAGGCCUGCAGCAAACUACCCACACUCUCCUGUUCCCGGAAACCCCACACCACCUAUGACACCGGGAAGCAAUAUUCCGCCGUAUCUGUCACCUAAUCAGGAUGUCAAACCACCCUUCCCACCAGACAUCAAACCAAAUAUCAAUGCCCUCCCCCCACCUCAGAAUGUAAAAGGGAAAGUUCACGCUUUCUCUCCCUCUUCGAUCCCAGCCAACCCCAACGAUGAAUUGCGGCUGACGUUCCCCGUGAGGGACGGUGUUGUAUUGGAGCCGUUCCGAUUGGAACACAACCUGGCAGUCAGCAAUCACGUCUUUCACCUGCGACCAUCUGUCCACCAGACUCUCAUGUGGAGGUCUGACUUAGAGCUCCAGUUCAAGUGUUACCACCAUGAAGACAGGCAGAUGAACACAAACUGGCCAGCAUCGGUGCAGGUCAGCGUAAACGCCACGCCACUCACAAUCGAGCGGGGCGACAACAAGACUUCCCACAAGCCUCUGCACCUAAAACAUGUCUGUCAGCCAGGAAGAAACACAAUUCAGAUCACAGUCACGGCCUGCUGUUGUUCGCACUUGUUUGUACUGCAGCUGGUACACAGGCCCUCUGUCCGAUCGGUUCUUCAAGGUUUGCUGAAGAAGCGUCUUCUCCCGGCUGAGCACUGCAUCACGAAAAUAAAGAGGAACUUCAGCAGUGUAGCCGCUUCCUCAGGCAAUGCCACAUUAAACGGCGAGGACGGAGUGGAACAGACGGCUAUCAAAGUAUCCCUAAAAUGUCCAAUUACUUUCCGGCGGAUUCAGCUUCCAGCAAGAGGCCAUGACUGUAAACACGUACAGUGUUUUGAUCUGGAGUCGUAUUUGCAAUUGAACUGUGAACGAGGAACGUGGCGGUGUCCUGUAUGCAAUAAAACGGCACUACUUGAGGGCCUGGAAGUUGACCAAUACAUGUGGGGAAUCCUAAAUGCGAUUCAGAAUUCGGAAUUUGAAGAGGUCACCAUUGACCCUACGUGUAGUUGGAGGCCAGUACCAAUUAAGUCAGACAUCCACAUCAAGGAGGACCCAGACGGACCAUUAUCAAAGCGGUUUAAAACUAUGAGUCCCAGCCAGAUGAUCAUGCCCAAUGUGAUGGAAAUGAUUGCAGCCCUUGGUCCAGGUCCCUCGCACUAUCCAUCACUACCGCCUCCAGCAGGAGGAAAUGGUGAAUAUGGUAGCCAAGGCAUCAGUUAUCAAGGACACCACAGCUUUGACUUUCCCCAUGGUAACCCUGGUGGUACUUCUAUGAAUGACUUCAUGCACGGACCACAGCUGUCUCACCCACCUGACAUGCCCAACAACCUCAUGACUUCUGACAAGCCACUCAGCCACUCUAUGCCUGAAACAAUCCCUCAUCCUGGCAGCACUGAUCAAUCCCAUAGUUCCAUGCAGCAAAGUUUGCAUGCACCUCCUCACCCCAGCAGCCAGUCAGGGCAGCCAUUACAUCACAGUGGUCCUCCCCAGCAGUUACGGCAGCCGCUUCCACAGCCCGGUUCUAACAACCAUCCACACAGCGACCUGACCUUUAACCCCUCAGCCUUAGAAGGUCAGGCUGGUGGGCAGGGACCACCUGACAUGCCGGAACCCUCACUGGAUCUUCUCCCAGAGCUUGCGAACCCCGACGAGCUGCUAUCAUAUCUGGACCCUCCUGACUUGCCAAGCAAUAGCAACGAAGAUCUUCUUUCUCUCUUUGAAAACAAUUAAAGUUCUGCCCCCUCCCAAAAAAAAAAAAAAACCUGAAUCUUCUAGUUGCAACCAUACAACAAGUCAACCCCAAAUUCCUCACAGGAGCUCAUUACUAAAAUAAACAAACACAGAUGCACUCCCCUGCUCUUCAGAACACAGAUGCACUCCCCUGCUCUUCAGAACACAGAUGCACUCCCCUGCUCUUCAGAACACAGAUGCACUCCCCUGCUCAUCUUCCUCUCAGAACUGUCUUCUAUGCCAGAUAAGCUGACCGAAAGUAGGUAGGAGGCGCAAACAAUACGUCAGUCUGAUUGGGUGCAUUGUGUGUAGUUCUUGAACAUUUGAAACUGUGCAGCUAUAGUCAAUCCUUUGUAAAUCAUGUAGAACGAGUGCUAUAAGAAUCAUAGAUGGAUGUGUCGUAGCAUUUUAUUUUAGAGAAGAUAUUGGCACGAACAGCCCAUUCUGGCCAGUAUCUGAAAUCCUGUCGACCAAUGUUCUUCCAGUCCUAGAACCUGUGACUUCUCUAGUCAACUGCACCUUUGCCAACUGACAUCCCAACGAAUAACAGUGUACCGGUGGCCCCAAGAGCGACAUUCAAAGCACAAGAGGUUAUGUGAAACUCCAAAAGAGAGCAAAACCGUAAAGGGAAGUGCUCAUGCAACGCAAUCAACUUUGGAGGAAUUAUCUAUGGAUGAAUCACCUGUUGCUGUCCAAUGUAUAGGCAAUCCCAGAACAUUUGUGGGGAUUUGUCAUUACAAAGCAAAAGGCGCAGAAAUAAAGAGAAUUUUGCCAGCACAUGGAAACGCAGCCAUUACGGUUGAAAACUCAUUGCGUGUCUAUAAGGGAAAAGUGAGACUAUGGUCGUCGACAGUGAGUGUUUAUUCUGUCUUUUUUGUUUGUUUGUUUUUUGUUUUUGUUUUUCUGAACAUGAAAACUCCUCUUCACUGCACAAUAAACAGAUCAGUGCUGAUGAGGCACUAAUCCCUCCUAGGAGGCAGCAAAUUAACUUUCCCUCCCCCACUGUCUUCUGUAAUUCUGUGGAUCCCAAUUAUUAUUAUUAUUUUUUGUUUGUUUUUGACUGUUACAUAUUGGUCUAGUUCUUAAGUUACCUACCAGGAGUUUUAUAUAAACAAAAAUAAUCCACUUAUUAGAUUAUUAUUACUAUUACUGCCCUCAAUAGACCUCAGUGCCAGAGUCACUGUAUUGCACCCUUGCCUUGUACUUCUCUUAUGUGGUUGCUUCCUGCAUGAGCCUUGUGUCGCUCUUGUACCCAUUUUGUGGCAUUUGUCUCUCUCCUUGAUGAAUUAUAUACAGUAAGUCGUCUAAAAAGUGCAUGUGUGCCAAUUUUGCCCUUGUUCGGUGAUGUUCCCAGCUAAAACGCAAUGUACGUUUUUGUCAAUUAAUAUUACUCCAGGAAAAUCUUUUUUUUUUUCUUUCUUUCUACCCACCUUUUCUUCAACUCUAAUUUUGCUUUGAAUCUUGAAGUGCCAGAGAUCGUUUUCAA